ACUCGAUGCACCCGCCUCUCUCUCUACCUGUCCAUACAUAGAGCCCCUUCCUGCAGGUCAUAAAAUAAACGCCUUCUCCUCCAACUCCCCCACCGCACUUCCUAUCCUGCUCCAACAGCAUAAAAUGCCUUUCCCUCCUCUGUUCCCCUUCUUUCUAUCUGUUGUUCUCCUCCCUGCUCUCCUCCAGGCCGACAUCACUUACCCUUAUCAUACACUGCAGCAGAAGCAACUACUUAACCUGCGCCAGCGCUCAUCCGCCGCCGGCAGUGGCGCCGCGGGCACUCUGCCGGCUUCCAAGCGGUACGAGGGGUCCUCCGACCUGGUCGACCUCCGCUACCACAUGGGCCCCGUCCUCUCGUUGCCCAUAAGGCUUUAUUUGAUCUGGUACGGCCGGUGGACCCCGGCCCUCCAGCUCCCCAUCCGGGACUUCCUCCUCUCCCUCUCCGACGCCUCCGUCGCCGCCCCCUCCGCCGCCCAAUGGUGGUCCACCAUCGCCCUCUACGCCGACCAGACCGGCGCCAACGUCUCCCUCUCCCUCUCCAUCGCCGCUGAGGCCUCCGACCCCGCCGCAUCCCGGGGCUACUCCCUCUCCCGCCUAUCCGUCCAGCAUCUCAUCGCCGACGCCCUCGCCGCCUCAUCCCUCCCCGUCGACCACCGCUGCGGCGUCUACCUCGUCCUGACUGCGCCGGAGAUCGCCAUGCAGGACUUCUGCCGCGCCGUCUGCGGCUUCCACUACUUCACCUUCCCCUCCCUGGUGGGCCACACGCUGCCCUACGCGUGGGUCGGCCACAGCGGGGCCCAGUGCCCGGAGUUGUGCGCGUACCCCUUUGCCGUCCCCGGCUACAUGGCCAGGGGUGGGGUGGGCGCCAUGCGGCCACCGAACGGCGACGUGGGGACGGACGGGAUGGUGAGCGUGGUGGCGCACGAGCUGGCGGAGCUGGCGACGAACCCACUGGUGAAUGCGUGGUACGCCGGCGGGGACCCCACGGCGCCGACGGAGAUCGCCGACCUCUGCGAGGGGAUUUACGGGACUGGCGGCGGCGGAGGUUACACGGGGCAGGUGAGCAAGGACGGGCAGGGGAGGAGCUACAACAUCAACGGGAGGGGAGGGAGGAGGUUUCUGGUGCAGUGGGUGUGGAGUCCCCUGCUCAAGGCCUGUGUGGGACCCAAUGCCAUGGAUUAAACUUGAAUUGGAUUACAUUAGAGUACAUAUAUAUAA